AUGCAGAUCUGUGGAACCAGAAUUGCGUCUGGAGCAACUGAGAAGCCAUUCUAGGCUCUUGGCCCAGUGUCUUGGCAGCAAGUUGACCUGAAGAUGGCACUCAGGGCCCUGUGGGGCAGCCUCAGCCUGCUCCGUCUGCUGUGGUGUCUCCUUCCGCAGACGGGCUAUGUGCACCCAGAUGAGUUCUUCCAGUCACCUGAGGUCAUGGCGGAGGACAUCCUGGGUAUAGAAGCUGCACGGCCAUGGGAGUUUCACCCCACCAGCUCCUGCCGCACGGUGGUCUUCCCACUGCUGACCUCCGGCUCUGCCUUCUGGCUGCUCAGGCUCUGGGAACAGUGGGGGCCAUGGCCGGGCCCGGUGAGCGGCUACGUGCUGCUGGUAGGACCCCGGCUCCUCCUCACUGCCCUCUCCUUUGCCCUGGACAUGGCCGUGUACCACCUGGCCCCGCUGUGGGGGGCGGAGCGCUGGAACGCCCUGGUCCUGCUGUCUGGUUCCUACGUCACUCUGGUCUUCUACACAAGGACCUUCUCCAACACCAUCGAGGGACUGCUCUUUGCCGGGCUGCUGGUGCUGGUGUCCCCCCGGUUAGCUUGGAGCCCCACACCCAAGAAGCCUGCUCCAGGCCCCUGGUGGCACAGCUGGCUUCUCGGGGGCGUCGUGGCUGCCGGCUUCUUCAACCGGCCCACGUUUCUGGCCUUUGCUCUGGUCCCGCUCUUCCUCUGGAGCAUUUGUGGAGCCACAAACCCUGGCUUCAAGUCACUGACGAAGGAAGCCCUGGAGCUGCUCCCAGGGGCAACCCUCGUGGCAGCGGUGUUUGUGGCUGUGGACAGCUGGUAUUUCUCCAGUCCAUCUAGAUCCACUACCCUUGUUCUGACACCCGCCAACUUCUUGUACUACAACCUGGAUCCUCAAAACCUGGCGAGGCAUGGCACACACAUGCGGCUGACUCACCUGGCCGUCAACGGUUUCCUGCUCUUUGGGAUGCUGCAUGCCCGGGCCCUGCAGGCUGCGUGGCAACAGCUGCAAGCCUGCCUCCAGGCCUUUGCACGAACGGGCUUCCCGCGGGCUCUGGGCAGCUGGAGCCUGCUGUCCAGCCCCAGGCCUUGCCUCCUGCUCCUCUACUUCAUGCCUCUGGCCCUGCUGUCUGCCUUUAGCCACCAGGAGGCUAGGUUCCUGAUCCCCCUCCUGGUCCCCCUAGUCCUGCUUUGCAGUCCACAGGCCCAAUCUGUGCCCUGCAAGGGCACCCUGGUCCUCUUCAACAGCCUGGGCGCCCUCUUCUUCGGCUGCCUGCACCAGGGAGGCCUGGUGCCUGGCCUGGAGCACCUGGAGCAGGUGGUUCACGCACCUGUGCUCCCAAGCAUGCCUACCCACUACACACUCCUCUUCACCCACACCUACAUGCCCCCCCGGCACCUCCUGCACCUCCCGGGCCUGGGCUCAGCUGUGGAGGUGGUGGACAUGGGUGGGACGGAGGACUGGGUCCUGUGCCGAGCCCUGAACAACUUCACCAGACAACCAGCCUGCCAGGUGGCUGGUGGGCCGUGGGUCUGCCGCCUUUUUGUGGUGACUCCUGGCACCACCAGGCCUGCCAUGGAGAAGUGCCAUUUCCCUCUCAAGAGUGAGGCACUCCUGUUUCCCCACUUGACCCUGGAAGACCCGCCAGCCCUGUCCUCUCUGUUGAGUGGGGCUUGGAGGGACCAUCUCAGCCUUCACAUCUUGGAACUGGGGGAAAAGCCUGACAACGUGACAGAAAAGUCACUGCCUAAGAUGCAGCCAUAGGUGAAGGCACCAUUCCACCUUCUAUGUGGGUAGCUGGGCUGGGACAGAGCCCUGAUUCUCUUCCUUUCCUUUCCCUUCCAGAAUUCCCACCACUGCCUCUCCUGUGCAUAGGCUUUGGCUGCUCUACCUUCGGGGUAAGCUGGCACCUUUUUCCCCUUAAAGACCAAAGAUCUGACCAGUCACAAUCCUGAUGCGAAAGUCCCCAAAGAACCAACCACUGGUGUAACCAAUGGCGCCUAAUGUCUGUUCCUGCUCUGUUUCUUCUAGCCGCUGUGGUGUUGUGACAUGUAAUAGCACCUGGUUAUGAAAAGAGAGAUUUGCUAAUGACAUUCCUGAAUGACCUCUCUCAAACCUUCCAGGAUGCCUUACUUCCUGCUGUCCUGAUAACCCUCUGGCUUCCUAGAUACCUGGGAAGGAGGCAGUGGGGUGAUGUAGAAAGACCAGGUAGUUCAGACUCUGGAGACCAGAGUUCUAGUCCGUGGUUUGCCUGCCACUCACUGGCUGUGUGAUCUUAAGAAAGCCCCUUCCCCUCACCUAGCCUCAGUUCCCAAUCUGUACAAUGGAUGAGGGGAUCUCUGAGGUUUCUGCCAGCUGACACUAUGGCAUGCCUUGGUCUGCAGCACAUGUCCCCUGGCUAAAUAUGCAUAUCUCUCCCAAAGCUCAUUAAGCAUAGACUGGCGGUAUAUUUAAGGGCACUCUGAUGCCUGCUGUCUCAGCGUUUUGUUAUUACCGAGACAAGUAGUUCUGGAACUUUUCUCCCCACCUUCUUCUACUCCUGUCCAUGAGAGAGGUGGUAGGACAGCUUACCCUUUAAAGACCAUUGUCCUUCCUCAGCCCACCUGAGUGGGAAUGGAGAACACACAACGCUGUUAAUAGCUGGUUGCACUUGAGAGCAAUCUGAUGCUACCAGAGACUUCUUAAAAGUGGUCUGGUCACUCUCUAAGCUCAUAGCCCCCGUCUGAAACCUCUUCACAGGAUGAAGAGCAAACCCCAUGCCAAACCAACACCUGCUCUGGUAGAAGCCAUCAUAGCCCCACGCACGAUGCUCUCCACAUCUAAAGGCACCUGUACCCAUCCACUGGGAACGCGAGGAGCUCUGGCACUAAACCUGUCCUCAUUCUCCCUGCUCAAGUCUCUACCAGCUCAUAAGAGGCACCCAGGCCACAGAAAUCAGUGAGCUGGAAAUCAGUACAGAGCAGGAGACCAAACCUGGGCAUUUUUCUAGUCCUGUCUUCUGCUGGCUAAGGCUUGGG